GUAGAGGCCGCUGUGCCUCGACGCAUGCGUACUGGCUCCCCUCCCCCGCUCUAAGGCUUGUGUGCGAUGUCUGGGCUGGAGAGUGGGUUUUAAAGAUGGCCGGAGCGGCUCCAGUCUACUGUGUGUGCCGGCAGCCGUACGAUGUGAGCCGCUUUAUGAUCGAAUGUGACAUCUGCAAGGACUGGUUCCACAGCAGCUGUGUCAAAGUUGAGGAGCACCAAGCGGCGGAUAUUGACCUGUAUCACUGUCCCAACUGUGAAGUUCUUCAUGGCCCGUCGCAAUUGAAGAAGAGACGAAACUGGCACAGACAUGACUACACUGAGCCUGACGAUGGUACGAAGCCGGUGCAAGCGGGAACGAGAACUUUUAUACAGCAGCUGCAGGCACGGUCGUUCCCAAGCGCUGAUGAUCUCCUCCUGAAGAUGAAUGGGAGCCAGCUGACGCAGAGGUACCUGGAGAAACAAGGCUUCAACCUUCCCAUUAUGGUGCCCAGACUGGACGACUUGGGCCUCCGGCUGCCACCUCCUACAUUCUCAGUGAUGGACGUGGAGCGAUAUGUGGGCGGAGAAAAGAUCAUCGACGUCAUCGACGUGGCCAGGCAAGCGGACAGCAAAAUGAAGCUGAAAAACUUCGUCAAGUAUUUCAUGAACCCCGACCGCCCCAAAGUAUUAAACGUCAUCAGCCUGGAAUUCUCCGACACCAAGAUGGCGGAUCUGGUGAAGGUGCCGGACAUCAGCAAGAAACUGUCUUGGGUGGAAAACUACUGGCCCGAUGAUUCGUUCUUCACCAAGCCCUUUGUCCAGAAGUAUUGCCUGAUGGGGGUCCAGGACAGUUACACAGACUUCCAUAUAGAUUUUGGAGGCACUUCGGUCUGGUAUCAUGUCCUGUGGGGGGAGAAGGUUUUCUACUUGAUAAAGCCCUCUGACGAGAACCUCGCACUGUAUGAAUCUUGGAGCUCUUCCGUUACCCAAAGUGAGGAGUUUUUUGGGGACAAAGUGGACAAAUGCUACAAAUGCGUUGUUAAGCAAGGACACACGCUGUUCGUCCCAACAGGUUGGAUACACGCUGUUCUCACGUCUCAGGAUUGCAUGGCCUUUGGUGGGAACUUUCUGCACAAUCUGAACAUUGGCAUGCAACUCAGGUGUUACGAGAUGGAAAAGAGGCUGAAGACACCUGAUCUCUUCAAGUUUCCUUUUUUCGAGGCAAUUUGCUGGUUUGUGGCCAAAAAUCUCCUGGAAACCUUGAAAGAACUAAAAGAAGAUGGAUUCCAUCCGCCAAACUACUUAAAGCAUGGGGUGAAAGCACUUAUUUCUGCUCUGAAGAGCUGGAUGAAGAAAGAGUCAGUAGCAGAACACGCGUUUGAAAUCCCAGAUAACAUCAGACCUGGGCAUCUCAUUAAAGAGCUUUCAAAAGUAAUUCGCUCGGUCGAGGAGGAAGGGAACAGGCCGGUCAAAUCUCAGGGAAUUCACGGCCACUGCCCAGUCUCCCGCUCCUCGCACGAGAAAUCCUCGCACCAUUCCGGGCGGAAAGCGCGGCGCCUUCGAGACCAUUCCACCAAAACCCCCACCAACCUCGAUAUUCUGGAGCAUCAUACGCGGGAGGUUCUGAAAAGGCUUGAAAUGUCCCCGUGGGAAGAGGACGCCGGCACCUAUAAACUGAAUAUGAGAUUCAAUAAGCCGCUGCUGCCGUCUUCGACAGAGCCUGACCAGAAAGUGAGGGAUAAUGGGAUCCGCCUCCUGCUCUCCAACGGACGAAUCAUCAGAGAUGAAAGGCAGCCGUUUACUGACCGGAGCCUCUACACGGCGGACAGCGAGGAUGAGGAUGACCGGGCGAGGUCGAGGAAGGCAAAGGACAUUAAGCAGGAGAAGCCAUGCUCGACCUCUGGGAUGGAGGAUAAAGCGGAAACGCAGAAACCACUUAACAUGUUCUUCGAAAGCGUCAAGUCGGAGCUCAGGAACGGAUCCUCAGAAUAUUCCGAUAUUUCUGAUUCCGAGGGAUCCGAAGACAAUUGCACUAACCAGAAACACUUCUCCGAGGAAUCGGAAAGCUCAGGUGAUGAUGAUGAUGAGGAGGAGGAGGAGGAGGAGGAGCGGCAGGAACCCAUUCGUAACCUUAAAGAGGAACACAGCGGGAGGAGAUUGCCCUGUGAUCCUAAUUUCCCAUGGCCUGAUCAUGAUUCUCCCCAGAAACGUGAAUGUCCUACCUCGACCAGCAUGGAACAGGAAGCUGUACAAGGCAUGCUCUCCAUGGCCUCAUUGCACUACCCGAGCGCUCUCCCCACCCCGGCAAAGAGCACAGACUGCAACAUAAGGGGGGGCUACCCCCAACUGCACAUCCGAGUCUCCCACUGGCACCCAGGCUCCCAAUCAGAUCACCAUGUGAAAGAUGAAGGAGAAUUCUCUGCUUUGGACUGGAUUCGGCAGCCAGAUGCUUCCUGCAGAUUAAGCCCCCAGGAUUCAUGCCAAGUUCCCCAGUCGUUGCGGAGGGAAUUCGCGCACGAGGAGUACGAGAAGGCGCCGGAAGACAAGCACUACUUGGAGAUCGAGCACUGGGACUCGGCAGAAUAUCAGCCUGAGAAAUACGACCCGGAGUCGAGCAUGAGUUCCGGCGAAUGCCAUCUGAGCGACGGCAGCCUCAGUCCUACCCGCAUAUACGGAGACACCGCGGCGGCCGUGCCCUUGCACCCGACCAAGCGACCGGCCUCCAACCCCCCUCCUAUCAGCAACCAGGCAACUAAAGGCAAACGGCCAAAGAAGGGCAUGGCGACAGCCAAGCAACGCCUCGGCAAAAUCUUGAAGCUCAACCGCAACGGCCACGCGCGUUUCUUCGUCUGACGCCCCGGCCGCCACUCACCCCAUUAUUCCCGCGCAUAACAGUAUUGGGGCGACCGGAGGCCUGGCGCUUCUGCCCGUCGCCCAAUGACGCUGAACUGAAACACAUAUCCCAUCAAGCACUGCCGCUAGAACAAAGAUGGCCGCUCGUACACUGUGCCACACCCACUCAGCAAUAACCAGAGAAUGCUCAUGCCUGGACUUGUUUUUUUUUUUGGGGGGGGGUCACCCCGCUAACGCAGAAGGUUACAGAUGACGCGGUCGAGAUCAGCAGGUGUCGAAAAGAGGGGGGGGGGGCGCAACGGUCUUCAGUAAUUUAUUUCAGACAGAUUUCUAAAUAAUUUUUUUUUUCCUUUUUUUGGAAGUUUUUUUUAAAAAAAAAUAUUUAUUUCAAAGACUUUCUGAAUUUUCGGGGGGGGGGGGGUUUACGCAAUGUGAAGGUUUUUAUUUUUGUGGGUUUUAAUAUCUUAUUUGCCCCGGUGUGAGGCGAAACCACGGGGGGGGGGGGGGAAGAAGAAAAAGGGGGUGGGGGUACUGUUUGAUUUUAACCCUUGCUAUUCAGGUUGUAGUCUUAAACAGGGAUUUAAUGCGUUUUGGUUAUUUUUUUUUCUCUUUUUUUUUUUUUUGUAAUUAUUUUUAAAUUAAUAUGGAAUCCAUAUUUUUAUUUUGCUAUCAAUGUUUUUUUUUUUUUUUUUGUGCUGAUUUUAUUGAUUCUUGAUAAGCUGUUGGCUCGGUGGCAGCCGGGUAUAAAGUCAACACUGUAUUCUGUUUUACUAUGUGGGGGGGCGGGGCUUAACGGAUGCCACGUAGAUCUUCCUGGAAGACGCAAGGGCUACGCCAUCUUGCCGUGACGGUGUGUGUUGUAUUUUUUAUAUAUUUUGUUACCAGUCGGCAUAAAAAAAGGAAUUCGCGUCUCGGCCCUUCGGGGGGCGCCGCAGGUUCUGAUGAUUUGUGUUGGUGCUAUGAAACAAAGGGGAACUUAUCCACUCAAAAAAAUGUCGUUGAUGGACUUUUGCUUCGUUAUUUGAAACUCGUCUCCCAAAGAGAAGAAGAAAAAAACAAAAACAUCUCUGCGCUAACGAACACGGAAACCUAAUUGGUUCUGCUUAACGGCUUCGUUGAUCUUUUUUUUUUUUGUUCAUUUUUGGAAAAGCUUUAAAGACGCGGCAGCAUUUUUUUUUGAUACCAACUUAACGAGGAUCUCAGGGUAAUUAAUUCGGAGCGCGGCGGAACGGAGCCAUUUGUGGUUAUUAUUAUUAUUAUUGCGACAACUCCAUCACUCUUCCAUCGAUCGUUCGGCAUUAAACGUUUCCAGGGCGGGGCUCAAAGACGGGGCGACGCCCACCAGAUUCUGAGCCUUUUCUCACCAUUUUUUAUUUGUUAAUUAAUUUCCAUGUUUUGUGUUUCCUUUUCAUUUCUCUAUGUACCCGUGUGUUUGUACCCACAUCUCUGUGCCACUCUCUGCCAGUUGGAACACAUGCCAGUCUCGAUUCCCCUUGUACAUAAUUGCUGAUUUUAGAUUUUUGUAUUUUCUGUAAUAUAAAAUUAAAUAUUUAACACUCUCCCUUCCCCUUUAA